AUGGCAACAAAGGAUAAAAAGUCGUUUAAGAAGUAUGCCAAAAAGCAUUUGGCAACUGUGAUUGAAAACCGUCGUAAGACCGUCAAAGCUAAAAAGGAAAAAAUUGAACGUGUUGAGAAGAAAAAACUGCGUGAGGCCAAAGAGGCCCAGCGUGAGGAGCGUGAACACCAAGAGCAGUUGGAGCGUUUGAAGGACACGGAUCCGGAGUUUUAUUCCUACUUGGAGGAGGAGGACCCUACACUGUUGCAGUUUGGUGAGGACAUGGAAGUUGUGAAUGAUGACGAGGGGAGCGACGCUGAGACGGAGGUGGAUGAUGAAAAUGAAAGCCACAACGACGACGAAGAGAAGGAGGGAGGCAGUAACAGUGAGAAAAACGCCAAAGAUUCCUCUGCGUCUCGUAUUACCCGAGAGGAAGUAGAGCGUCUUGUCAAGGGGAAAAAUAUCGAGGCAUGCAUCGAUAUUUUUGCGAGUGCCGUACGCGAGUUGGGGUAUACUGUUAGGGAGAAUCCCAAGACGAGUUCAGUGCGUAAGUUUGAUGAUCCGUUGUUGGUAAAGGAGUCAAUGUUUCGCAUUGCGCGUUUCAUCGGAUCAAACCUGAGUCACUUUAUUACUGGAAAAGGUUCAUUUAAGUCACACAAGACUCGUUUCUUGAUGCGGCGAUUGCUACUUUUUCUUGUGACUAGUGUAUCGGAAGGGGGGAGCGUGGACGCCGUACUAACAGCUGGUUUACUUCAUGCCUUAACACCCUUUGUGCCGAUACUGCACUACAUAAAAGGUAUUACGAAGUCUGUUUUGAAAGCAGCCCUUUUACUCUGCUCAGCCCCAGAAGAGUCAGUUCGUAUAGCAGCCUACGUUGUUGUUCGAGCAGUUGCAACACGUGCCACAGGGACACGCUCCAUGUAUCAGUCGACUGCCUUUAAGGGUAUAUUUCUUACUCUUGUAAAAACAGCUCACCAUUACAACAUCCACAAUGCGUCAUUGAUAGCAUUCCUUAUAAACUGUGUUGUUGACUUGUACGGUACAGACAUGGAGGCUGCAUACCAACACACUUUUGUCUACCUUCGUCAAUUGGCAAUUUACCUUCGUUCUGCAUUACAACAGCAGACUCAGAGUAACGUAAGAGCCGUGGUAAACUGGCAGUACCUGAAUGCAUUACGUACAUGGGGUGCCGUCCUCUCAAAGUAUUCUGAGGCGUCACAGAUGGGACCCCUUAUUCACCCUAUGGUUCAAAUUUCGGUUGGGCUAAUGGAUCUAUUUGCAUCUCCUCGCAUGUUUCCUAUGCAUCUACAGAUCAUAGAGAUUCUCAACCACAUUUCUCUCCGUGCUGACGGAGUCUUUAUUCCGGUGGCUCCGUACCUUUUGCGCAUAUUAACUUCACCGAGUAUUGCCUUAAAUCGCAAUUACCAAGGACAAGGGGAGAAAGGGGAACAAGUGGACUUGCAGUUUACAAUUCGUGUGAAAAAAUCACAGAUGCGUAGCGUAAGCUAUCAUUUACAUGUCUGGUCUGAGUGUAUUUAUCUCCUCUCAGAGCAUUUGGCAACACAUAGCCACACGCUUGGGUUUCCAGAGGCUUUCUGGGUGGUGGAGACGACGCUUAAACAGUUGCGUAGCGAGGUGAAAAUACCGAAGGUUCAUGCACAAUUGAGUACUCUCCUGCGCCACAUACAAACAACUAGUCAGCGUAUUAUCGCACGACGCGAUCAGGUAAGCAUAGGUCCCUGUGACUUGGCGGCAGUAAAACAGGUAGAGGAUGAAUUAAAAGCUGCUGGUAAUCCGUUAUCAACGUAUCAUCAAAUGCUUCGCCAGCAACGAGUCGAGCUGUUUGCGAUGAAGCAGAAGAAUGUGAAUGGUGGGGAACGUACGACUUUAGAGGCGAUUGUUAAUGGAAGGAGAGAGAAAAAGAGCCGUAAGCGUACAUUAAGCAACAUUGACGCUUAA